AUGUCUCGUGUCAUGAGUGGGAGUGAGCAUCAUUUUGUUGAUGGGGAUGAUAGUCGAGGACGGGAUUCUGCUGUUUGGUCGAUGGACCAACGCUCACAUUUGCUUUUACUGUCGUAUCGGUUGGUCGAGGGCCGCGCCAAGCCGCGCGAUCUUUUCCAUUCAAUGCUGUGGAUACAUGAAACCUGGGAUGAAUAUCCUGUAAGUCGGUCGGAUCAGCCAACUAAUCCAUUAACCAUGGAUGUAAAGCACCCAUCAGCGUCCGCCGGCAAUCCUCUCCCAAAGACUAAGCCAACAUUUUGUGAAGAGUCGUCCAGGCUUCCCACCCCGCGAACUCUCAUCUGGGAACGUGGCAAGCCGACGCAAGACAAGACACCAUUGGGAGAGGCGAGAGGGGGAGAGGACGGGAUACCGCUCCGAUCGCAGCGAUCAACAGCAGUCUAA